GCGAGGGCGGCGGCGGCUCUGCUGAGCGGCUGCGGGACUGCGGCCCGGGGGUGGCCGCGCGCGGGCCCCGCACGGCCCUUGUGCACAGCACCUGGGACGGCCCCGGACAUGAAAGGCUACCUGUGGGAACGCUACCGGGAGGCAAAGAGGAGCACGGAAGACUUGGUUCCUUCAAUUAUGAACAACUUGUUGAAUCCAGAUGCUAUUUUCUCAAACAAUGAAAUGAGCCUGUCGGACAUUGAAAUCUACGGCUUUGAUUAUGAUUAUACGUUGGUGUUUUAUUCAAAGCACCUCCACACGCUGAUAUUUAAUGCUGCUCGGGAUCUUCUCAUCAAUGAGCACCGGUAUCCGGUGGAAAUUAGGAAGUACGAGUAUGACCCAAAUUUUGCAAUUCGUGGACUUCAUUAUGACGUGCAGCGGGCAGUUUUGAUGAAGAUUGAUGCUUUUCAUUACAUCCAGUUGGGAACCGUCUACAGAGGCCUCAGCGUUGUCCCUGAUGAAGAAGUCAUUGAAAUGUACGAGGGGUCCCACGUGCCUUUGGAACAGAUGAGUGACUUUUAUGGAAAGAGUUCUCACGGCAACACCAUGAAGCAGUUCAUGGACAUCUUCUCCCUGCCGGAGAUGUCGCUCCUGUCCUGCGUGAACGAGUACUUUCUCAAGAACAACAUCGACUAUGAGCCAGUGCAUCUGUACAAAGACGUCAAGGAUUCAAUUCGAGACGUGCACAUCAAAGGAAUCAUGUACAGAGCAAUCGAAGCGGAUAUCGAAAAGUACAUCUGCUACGCCGAGCAGACCCGCGCAGUGCUGGCCAAACUGGCCGAUCACGGCAAGAAGAUGUUUCUCAUCACCAACAGCCCGAGUAGCUUCGUGGACAAAGGGAUGAGGUAUAUUGUCGGAAAAGACUGGAGAGACCUGUUUGAUGUGGUCAUCGUUCAGGCCGAGAAGCCAAACUUCUUUAACGAUAAGCGGAGGCCUUUCCGGAAGGUGAACGAGAAGGGUGUCUUACUCUGGGAUAAGAUCCACAGGUUGCAGAAAGGCCAGAUUUACAAGCAGGGCAACUUAUAUGAAUUUUUGAAGCUUACUGGGUGGAGAGGAUCCAAAGUGUUGUAUUUUGGUGACCACAUCUACAGCGACCUGGCGGAUUUGACCUUGAAGCAUGGCUGGCGAACCGGUGCGAUUAUCCCGGAGUUAAGAUCUGAGCUCAAAAUCAUGAACACGGAGCAAUACAUCCAAACCAUGACGUGGCUGCAGACCCUGACCGGCUUAUUGGAGCAGAUGCAGGUUCACAGAGAUGCGGAGUCACAGCUGGUUUUGCAGGAGUGGAAAAAGGAAAGAAAGGAGAUGAGAGAAAUGACCAAAAAUUUCUUCAACACCCAGUUUGGAAGCUUGUUCCGCACAGACCAGAACCCGACCUACUUCCUGAGGCGCCUGUCACGCUUUGCUGACAUCUACAUGGCGUCCCUGAGCUGCCUGCUCAGCUACGACGUCAGCCACACGUUCUACCCGCGGAGGACUCCGCUGCAGCACGAGCUCCCGGCGUGGUCGGACCGGGCGCCCAGCCCGCGGCUCCCGCUGCUGGAGGCCCAGGCCGAGUGAGCGGCGCCUGCCCGGCACGCCGUCCUGGUCGCGCAAGGCGGGGCUGCUUCCGGGAGAGACACAAGCUCGCCUUUCCAUGUUUGUUUCGUACCUUACGGACACCACUCCGGACACCACCCCCGGAGUUGCCAGGGCAGAAGCCAGCGGCCCGCUUGCUGGCCGGCCCUUUGCGUUUGCGGUACCGGCUGGGCUUCGCAUUGAACCUCUGAUUGGCCAUCUUGUUUCCCAUAGUUCUGACCUAGGCGUCGGUUUUUCUGGGCUAGGUGACACCUCUUGCUGCUGGUCUCAGUUCCAGCAGCUGAAGUGCUGAAACCCUUUUUGACUCUCCUGUGGGAAACAGGCUGAACGUCUGCAGGCAGCGUGUGGGGGGCCACAGGGGCCCUGUGACAUGCGCAGACCGCUCCCAGGAAGCUGCCGGGUGGGCCCGCUCUGUAGAGCGUUAUGCGGUGGCAGGGAGCGGAGACGUCCCGAACCACAGCUGGCUCCCGGAUCAUGUGGCACGAGGACUCUGUGUCCUGGUGCCUCGCUUGAAGGGAGACCCGGCCUCCCCGAACAUCUGUGAGAGAACAAGAGAACGUGCAAUCCCUGGCCCGUGCUCGUCCCCAGUGUCCGUUUGCCGUGUCCUGCCCCGUGCUGGGGAAGCCACACGGUGCCACAGGACAUGGUGCCACAGGUCGUGGCGGGUUCGCCCCUCCCCCAGGGCAGGAGGGCGGGGAGAGAAGAACUGGUUUACUCCAGCUAGCAGGACAGACUGUGUGAUCCGGCUGCCAGGACCCAGUGACUUCGUCAUGGGCCUCGUGGGAGUCCAUCACCCCUGAAAACACCACCAAGUGUUGGUUUGGUGUGCCCACUGGAGGGUAGAAAGUGACACAGGCAGAGAAAUGCCCUUGAAAUGCUCUGCCGUGACCCCUGCUGGGUUGUGUCAGAAUCUUGUUCAAACAUACGCAUUAGCCAGCAGGUGGGGAGGAGGUGGCCUGUCACUGAGUAGCUCCCCCAGGCCUCUCCUCACCUGACAUUUCCUCCCUGCCAUGUUUGUGUGGCCAUUUUGGGAGUGGGCGGUUUUCUUGAGGCGGUUGUGCUUAAGGUGGGAGAGGACAAAGGGCGCAGAGCCCAGAGGAGGCUUCGGGGCAGCCUGGCUCCCCAAGUGUCUCAUUCCCUCCCAAGGCCAUGCGAGUGACGGCUUCACCCUGAAGGAUGGCAGGUCCACGGAAGGGAGCUUGUGCAGAGUGCUUCCUGAGUCCGCGUUUUAGUCUGGCAAAUGUAUCAGAACCAGUUGAAAGUGAAAUGCUAGCUUGGUGUUCCCUAGGCUACGCCAGCAUGCAGAAAUGAAGUGAGUUACCCGGGAUCCUUUGUGGUGCCCUUGGUAAUGCCCUUUAGACCCAGAAGACCCAACUUGGCCCCCCUAUUUUUACUUGUAGGUUUUUGUUAUAAACACAGUAUUCUAUUCUUUUUUUGGGGGGAAUGGGGUAGGCGCUUUGUUUGCUGUGUGUCAGCUCCCGUGUGUAUUAAGCAUCAGAGGGCAUUGGAGAUGGGCAUUUAAUGGGUGCAGGUGGAUGCCCAGAACUGUUUGGUGUUAGGGUCUUCAACGGGUGAGCUGGUGCUUUGGGCUUUCGAGUUUCUGCUUGGAGAAGGUGAGUGAGGAAGCAAAAAAGUCUUUCCUUAGUUUUAAUCGAAUCAAGCAGUCAUUGGCUGUUAGGUACCUGUUACAGUGUGUUUUGUUUACUUGAGAAUGAAGUAGAGAUGUUUUUAAAACUGUCCUAUGGGUAGCUGGGUUAGGUGACCCACGCCUGGGGGGGGACUACAUUUUCUCGGGAUGAAUAAUGAAUUUUACAAUAUAUUGCCGAUUAAGAUCUCAGUCUCUGGGCCAUUGAACAUGGCGGGAUUGCGAUCUGGCGUGUGCGGAAGCUGGCCUCUGUCUCAGCGGGGCCCCCGGAGCACGCCCCUGGCGGACUGAACCCACACCGGGGCCGGCAGCCGGCGUCAGGACAGCCAUUCCACGGGAGGACAGGCGCAGGCAUUCUUGUGUGCGCUCGGUCAGGACCGAUUUUGGCCUGUCCCUCUCGAGACUCUGCUGGGAUUUGGCACGCCGCAUGGGCGUUCUGUCCCUUCCCCUCGUUGUACACACUGAUGCAAGCAUGUUGGCACAAGGGAAGUGAGCCUCUUUUCUACAAUUUAGAGAAAAAUCCGUUUGGAAGGUGGACACAAUAAAAUGGGUCCACACGUUGGAAAAUCCGUUCCGUUUUUAGACUUGGUUAGUCUGGCGGUCCGGGGCGGUCCGGGGCGGUCCGGGGCGGUCCGGGGCCGCUGCAGCGGCCCAGCAUGGCUCUCGGUCCCCGCCGCAGACUGGUGGCAGGGAUCUGCACGGCUGGCAUUGCAGUCCUUUAUGGAUGAAACUCAGCUCUUAAAAUAUUUUGGAGUUUGGCUUGGCGCUCCCUCUUUCCUCCCUAUGUAGCCUCUUUUUCCUUUCUCUCUCUCUCUCAAUUCUCUUCAGCUCCAUUUUCUGCCAUCACCAUUAAUGGGAUGUAACAUAAACCACCUGUUACUGAUUCAGGCCCAUAUUAGACUAAAUGACUAGCUGGUGUGAAUGUAUUGGCCCUCUUAAUUAUUGCAGAAGAGAAAUGAGAAGUAAUCUUCCCUCCUAGCUAAUUUAGCUUUGGGUGAACUAAGUGGCUUUUCCUCCCUCUUCCUCCUAAAGGCCUUUUAAGCGCUAGAGUGUGCUAAAUAUUGCACUUGACUCCCUCUGCUGAAGGCUCAUUUGCUGCCAAAGCCCCACUCGGUGGCCCUCUUCCAGAAUGCUCUAAGACUAAAUUUGGCCAGAGGCAGCGUUCCUUGAUUGCUCUAUUCAACUGCUAGGGAGUCUGUAUUUUGCCCUCUUAAUACUAAUUUCGUUUUGUACCAAUUUUCUCUCUUUUUCUUUCUCUCCCCACCUCCCUUUUUUUUACAUUAGCAUUUGGGAGCCUGGGUCCAGGUUCAGCUAACCUUUAACACCCUGGUGGAUUGAGGAAAGGAAAGGGAGUGAAAUGCAGGAUCCAGCAAGCCUUGCCUGUGAAGAGCCAGAUAGGAAGCCCCUGCAGCUUUGCAGGCGAUUUUCUGUCGCAGCUCUAGGAGCCCGUGCGCUGUGUUCCAUCACCACCCGAAACAGCUGCAGGCUACACUUGCCCGCCCCGCGCCCCCGAGUUUGCCCACCCCUGCUCUAGUGGCCGGGGCUGGUGGCCAGGCAGGCUCCGCGCGCUGUGAGCAACGUCAGAGCUGCUGUCAGAGCUGCGCGGGCCGCUAGAGGGACAUUCUCUAGGCGAGUGCACUGCCCCGGCCCUGGGUGCGGCUGUGGCCAGUACUGUGGUGUGGACCUGGAAUGGUGGGCGCUGGCUGACUGUCCUUCACUGCACUGACUUGUGGUUGUGGUUGUGCUCGUAGCCGGUGAUAGGCUUGGGCUCAGCCGCCCAGAACACCCUUCCUAACCGCAGGACCUCCCCCGCCACCCGCCCCCGCCCCGUCCCCCCUCUCUGCCGCCCGGCCUGGCCUGGUGAGCUGCUGGCUUAGCAUCCUAGCCAGGGCUCCAACAAAGACCUGCCUCCUUCCUGGAGCAGCCAGCCCCGCCCCCCCGCCAGCCCCGCCUCCUUCCCUUCUCGGUCCUUCUCUUCCAUUUCCAAGUGUCCAUCCCAAGAAGACUCCUCCACACUCCUCCUGCACGCGAACUCCACCUCAGCGUCUGCUCCGCCCGGGGACCCAGCCGCUAUAGCCGCUCUGUACUUUUUGAGUACGACACGCUUGAACCCGGUUUGAGGAAACCGUGUUCUAAGUAUUCAGCAGAAUGACAGGUUGUGCCUGUAUGGCAUCAGGCAUGAUGGAUGAGAACUAGGUAGACUUACUAUUUAUUCUGAAUGUGAAUUUGCUAUUUAUUCUAAAUGUUGAUUUUGUGUGACAGGAUAUUGAACUUCGUGCCAAAUAAAAGUUUGAAUUAUGUCAUCCA